GCUGAAGAUGGCGGACGGCGAAAAUAAACGGGCCGAACCCGCCGACGCCGGACGCUCCGUGGAGCCGGAAGAGCCGCUUCUGAAGAGGGCGAGAUUCCUGGAGCCGUGCGGUGAUUCGGAGCACAGCGCUGCUGGCGGAACCGAACCGCUGAAUUCGGAACCAGCGGGAAUGGACGAGGAGACCCGUGAGGCCGCACUGAACAACAGUGAACCCGCCGAACCCGAACCACAGCUGUCCGAGUUAAUCGACGAAGGUGUCCAUCCCAAUGGAUUCACAUCACCUGAUCAUCUUCAUGACGAUGAUGACUGCUCCUCUCAUGCCAGCUCCAGUGACUGGACCCCUCAACCACAGAUCGGUUCCUAUCGGUUCAUUCAGCAGCACAUCAUGAGAGGAACCGACCCGAGAGCCAUCCUGAAAGACCUGCUUCCUGAAACGACCCUUCCUCCAGACCUCGAUGACAUGACACUGUGGCAGAUCAUCAUCAACAUCUCAGAACCCCCCAAGAGAAAGAAACGCAAAGACAUCAACACCCUAGAGGAUGUCGUCCGGCUGCUGAAUGAGAGAAAGAAAAUACUCGUGCUCACUGGCGCUGGGGUUUCGGUUUCUUGUGGAAUUCCUGACUUUCGAUCUAGAGAUGGGAUUUAUGCAAGACUUGCUGUGGAUUUUCCCGAUCUCCCUGAUCCUCAAGCGAUGUUCGACAUUGACUACUUUAAAAGAGAUCCAAGGCCUUUUUUCAAAUUUGCCAAGGAAAUUUACCCAGGACAGUUCCAGCCGUCUCCCUGUCACAGGUUUAUAUCAAUGCUGGAUAAGAGAGGACGGUUGCUGAGGAAUUAUACUCAGAAUAUUGAUACUCUGGAACAAGCUGCUGGAAUUCAGAAGAUCAUUCAGUGUCAUGGGUCUUUUGCGACCGCGUCCUGUCUUGUUUGUAAACAUAAAGUCGACUGUGAGGCCAUAAGGGAAGAUAUAUUUAACCAGGUUGUUCCUCACUGUCCGAGGUGUCCGUCAGACAUCCCAUAUGCCAUCAUGAAACCAGACAUUGUCUUCUUUGGCGAGAAUCUUCCAGAGUUUUUCCACCGUGCGAUGAAGCAGGAUAAAGAUGAGGUGGACCUUCUGAUAGUGAUCGGAUCUUCUCUGAAAGUUCGGCCGGUUGCUCUCAUACCAAGCUCCAUCCCUCAUGAAGUGCCUCAAGUCCUGAUAAACCGCGAGCCGCUGCCACACCUGAACUUUGACGUGGAGCUGCUCGGAGACUGUGACGUCAUAGUAAAUGAACUCUGCCAUCGUUUGUGUGGCGACUUUGAGCAGCUGUGCUACAAUUCCUCACGACUUCGUGAGAUCACGGAAAAACCGCCCGCCCCGUUACCCACCGUACCUGAACGGACUGUGGAGAGCAUGUCCACAAAUGCUCUGGAGCUGGAGGGUACAAACGCAUCAGUUGAGGAGACCGACCACGCUCGGUGUGUCACUCCAUUCAGAGUCACUGAUUCUUCUGAAAGUGUGACGUCGCCCGAGAAGCAAGAAAUAGAGAUAUCUUCCCUAGAAGCCAAACGAUCCAGCCCUCUUCCAGAGCUGUUAUCAAAAACAGAGAAAACGGACACCAAUGCUCAGAGCCCUGAGUUAGAAGCAACAGACUCAAAAACACAUUCUCCGAAGACAAUAACCCCCUGUCCGGAGAGGUUGGACUCCAUUAAUAAGGCAGCGUCUGAGGCUACAGAAGCUGGACACACUACUGAUGAUACACAGUGUGGUACGGAGGAAAGGCCAGAGAAGCGUCAACGCGUUGUAAUGCGAAGACGCUGCUGGAGAAGCCGAAUCUGUCAGAGUCCAAUCAGCAAACGCCUUGGAGCCUCGCAGUACUUAUUUCAAGCACCGAACCGCUACAUUUUCCACGGGGCUGAAGUUUACUCGAGUUCAGAGGACGAGACCUCCAGUUCAUGCGGCAGUGACAGUGACGGCUCUCGCUGCAGUGCGGACGAGUUUAAAAACGAAGACAGCGAUGAUGAGGAAGAUGAGGCUCUAGUGACGGACAAAGACACAGAAGGCUGCCUUGAAGAGACAGUACAAGAGAACGAACACCAACGCCUUCAAACGGACUGCACAGCAGAUACAAAUCUACAAACCACCACAGACCUUUAAAACAUACUCAAUAACUGCUCACAAGCACUAGCUUUAUUUAAUGUGCUUAAGUUUGAUAUAUUUUUGUACUUCCUUCCCUUCCUUGUACUUUUGUCUUCUAAUGCAUGCACCCCCUUUAUUUUGUUUGGCUUUUAAAAGAUUCUUUAAUUUAUCACCAGUCUGUAUUUUUGCAUUGUUUCAUGUUAAAUAUACCUUUAAUUUCAAUGAAUGUUUUUGCCUGAAUACGCAUAUGAAUUGAGCUUGCCAUGUAAUUGCUUGGGAUAUACAAAAAGGGAACGAUUUUCAAACCAAAGAUCACUUUUUCCAUAUCUAAGUUUGUCCACUGAAUUUAUACAUUUCUUGUUGGAACUGGUCCAUUGCUUGUGUCCAGCAUGAACGCCAAAUUGUGGCAUUUUCUGAACAUUCGGCAGCUACGGUCGGCCUACUGUUUCAAGUAUUUUAUGCUCCGUAAAAUUUGCUAGUCAUCAAAAAAGGUAUUUCACUUGUUUUACAUUAUUUUGCCUAUUUGUCAAGAUAGAAAGAAGCAAUUUACAUGCAUUCACGUGCACUCCUAGAAGGUGUUUUCAAGCACUUCGUAUGUUAAUGGAGUGGUUUUGACUGUACGUGUUAAAUCGGUUCAAGAACGUACAAAACUUUUGGACUAACGUCUUUAUCUAUUCUCACUGACUGGGCAUUAAAACGGAUCAUUAUGGGACUAACGAUAAUUUAUCAACAUGACUUCAUGAUUCUGUCAAACAAUUGAUCAUUUUGGUUUUAUUAUGAUUAUGCAUUUUCUUUUAAUGUUUUGGGAAAAAAAAAACUAUUUUCAUGUCACAACUUCUGUUUACUUUAGUGCGGAUUGGCAACGAAAGUGCAUAUUUAUCACUUGACCAAAUUUUUCUCAGAAGUUCUCAAAUGUAGAGUUUUUGUUAUUUCCAGACUGUACCUGAUGCCUGCAAUGUUUAAUGAGAAUGGUAGAGAACUAUUUUGAGCAGUAAUAAAAUAACGAUUUUGCUGUUUUAUAAUGUAUCAGUGGUUGCAAACCGGUCGCAUAGACUUCAUCAUAGUACAAUUUUUAAAUGUGUAUAUUAUAUAUAUAUAUAUAUAUGUGACUGGGUUAAACUUAAAAAAUGGGGAUUAUUGCAGGCUGUUCAGUCAUCUUCAUUAAAACGAACUAAAGCAACACAAUUAUUUAACAUUUUGAUUUAACUGCAUUUAAUCCAGUAACAUUUAUAAAAUGUAAGUUUACUUAA